CAGAGGAAAGGGGACAGAGUCAGCACACUAACAGCUGAAGCUUGGCACAAGCUCUUGUUAGCUCCAGGGCCUCCAAGUUCCCAUGAGGUUAAUAUUUCUCAGACUGAAAAGAGACAGCCUUCAAAUUUCCAAAACAGGCUUCAGAACAUCAUGAACGUUUUUGUCAUAUAAUGUCGACUAGAACACACCUCGGAUUAACGUCUCAGGGCUGCUUGGAUAUGUGUAUAUUGACAUGAAGAAGGAUAUAGAGGUUCUGAUAGCAGAGGAACGUGCACAGAUCAUCUCUAAAUAUGAUAAGGAGGAGGAGCUCACUCAUUUUUGAUCGUUUUAAUAAAAUACGUCACUCAAGGAGGGAACCUGUGGUCAAAGAUGAAGUUCAUGGCAGGGAGGAGGGUGUCGAGAUCGACCCUUGGGAAGAUGCAGACUACAGCAUUUUCAAGGUCACGGAUCGCUUUGGCUUCCUGCAUGAGGAAGAGCUUCCUUCUCCAACUCUUCUUGAAGAAAAGCAAAAGCAGCUAGAAGUUGAACGUGUGCAGAAAUGGUUGAAGAUGGUUCGGAAAUGGGAGAAGUACAAAAACAGCGAGCGGAUGAUGAAGAGGGUGUACAAGGGGAUUCCACUGCAGCUGCGAGGUCAAGCUUGGAGCCUUUUACUGGAUGUGGAGAAAGUUAAAAAGGAGAAUGAGGGGAAAUAUGAGAGAAUGAUAAAACAAGGAAAGAUCUACUCCACAGAAAUUAAACAGAUUGAUCUUGAUGUGAACAGAACCUUCCGAAAUCACAUCAUGUUUAUGGAUCGAUUUGGAGUAAAGCAGCAGUCACUGUUCCACAUGCUCACUGCAUACUCCGUAUACAACACGGAGGUGAGCUACUGCCAAGGAAUGAGUCAGAUAGCUGCCAUUCUGCUGAUGUACAUGAAUGAGGAAGAUGCAUUUUGGGCCAUGUCACAGCUCUUGACCAAUCAGCAACACGCCAUGCACGGUUUCUUUAUCCCAGGAUUUCCCAAACUGCAGAGGUUCCAGAAUCACCAUGAUCAGAUUCUGUCCAAACUUCUUCCUAAACUGAAGAAGCAUCUGGACAAGGAGCAGAUGUCCAGCGGCAUUUACAGUACUAAAUGGUUCCUGCAGUGUUUUAUUGACCGGACACCAUUCACCCUGACCUUACGCCUGUGGGACAUCUUUAUUCUUGAGGGUGAGAAGAUCCUCACAGCCAUGGCCUACACCAUCCUUAAACUGCACAAAAAGCGUUUGUUGAAGAUGUCUCUGGAGGAAUUGAGAGAGUUUCUACAAGAGAAGAUUGCCCAAUCCUUCGAGCUCAGCGAUGAUAUAGUCAUUGAGCAGCUUCAGGUCUCCAUGACAGAGCUGCGCAAAAUGAAGCUGGACCUUCCUUCUCCAGCUAAGCCUGAUGAGUUGCCACGGAAUCCACUUGGUGUGGAGCUGCCUGUCCUGCUGCCCCAUAGGCGACUCCAAAACCCGGCCUUGGAUCAGGAAACACCAGACAAGAGCCAGUUAGCCAAACAAACUCCAGCUCUAAUCCAAAUCUCACUCCAGGAAUCAAUUGUUCCUGAUCGGGGCUCCCCAGAAGAUAAGUGGCCCUUUCAGGACAGGGAAAUAGACGGCAUUUCUCCAUUUCCCUCCCCUGACCCGGUGCUGGUCCAUACUGAGAUAGUUUUUGGCCCAGACGGAGUGAUGGAAACCCAGGAAGAGCAGCCACCACCAUAUGAACCCCCUAAAAUUAAGGAAGCGAAUAACUCUUCACUUCCUUCCCACCUGGCUAUGAAUAUGUGUGGUACUUCAACAGAAUCAGCACAUUUAUAUGCACCUCAGGACAUUUCACAAGACACUUUGCAGGCUACAUUGGAGGAUGAUUUAUUUGUAAUGCUCCCAAGCAAGUGCCAGUUAACAUUAUCUACAGCCUCAAUGAAGGAUCCCCAAUAUGAAAACCUCCCAAAAACAGAAAUGGUGGAAACAAGAGAAGAGAAAAAAUUUGUGUCAGUGAAGUCUGUGGUUUUAACUCAGAAUUCUGCUUUUAUUGAACUUCCCAACACAGACUCUGAACAACAGUCAUCUUCCCCACACAGAGGGGUUUCAUUAACCACCACUGGAAGGAAACUGAUGACUGUUCACUCAGACCCACUGUUUCAGCACCAUGAUCUUCCCACUCUGCCAAAAUCAGAGACUUUUUAAGCCAGCUGUUUGUAAGGCAUUUACAAUUUUAAGAAACAUUGCCUUUGUUCCACUUCAUUUUGCAAUAUCAUUCUUCCUAACAAACGUUUCUCAAAGGGAUGUCACAUUUCACAAACAAAAUGAAAAAAUACACUGCUGCAUUGCAUGGGCAAAUAACAUUUUAUUGUACUGUGACUGGGUAGAGAUGCCUCUUAAAAUCACACAAAGUUCAGUUUUUAUAUACCAGUUAUUAAUUGGUUUACAAUGGUUUAUUAGAUCUUAACAAAAAAAGGUAAAUCUUUAACAGGUUAUUCAAAUGUUGCUUAAACCAAGAAAAUAAUUUAAAUAAAGAGAGCUGGCUUACUGUUAUACAUGAGCCACAAAUAUCAUCUUUAGCCUUGUAAUAUUUCCUUUCAUUGUUUGUUAAUUUAUUUAUUUUUUGCCUGCAUUAUUUUAGUAUGUGUUCUAUUGUUCUAUAAAUUAGUGAAUUAAAGAUUUUUGGCCAAAAAAAAAAUUAUUUAACAGAAAUAUGAAACCAACAGAAACGGAGAAGUGCUUUAUUAUUAUUAUUAUUAUUAUUAUUAUUAUUAUUAUUAUUAUUAUUAUUAUUAUUAUUAUUAUUAUUAUUGAUAAUAAUUAUUGAUAAACAACCUUUUUAUUACUUUUCAUGAAUUGUAAUGAAUUUAUCUUCAUGCUUUCAAGCAUUAAACAAACAAACUUAAUUACAUUACAUUAGAAAACUGGGCUUACAAUAAAUACAAAUAAAUAAAUGUUUGUUAAUAUGUGAGACAUACAAUAUAAUCUAGACCACAUUUCUUUAAAAAAAAAAUCUGUUGUGUUUUGGCUUUUAUGUUUUCAGUUACAUCUAUAACUUAAAAGGUCAGAAAAUGUAUUUUGAUAUUUUUAAUAAAUUUGCUUUAUAAUGAACGCUGUACUAGCCAGGUUAAGGGAAGAAUUAGCCAACAUUUUAUGCCAGAAGGAUUUUCUGUGUUAAUGUACUGUAAGUGAACAUUUUGUAAAUGAAAGUAACACAUUUUUUGAAGUAUUGCAUUUUAAUGCUUUUAGCCUUUAGUGUCUAUAGGCUUUUAGACAUUUGUAUAGUAUAAAUUAUAUUAAUACAGGUACUGUGUUAAUUCACAAUUGUAACCUUUUAUUUUCAAAAUUGUUUUCAUUUAUAUUUAAUAUUGGUUUUGUCUUAUCGGUGUUCUUCUUUUUGUGCAGCUUUGCAGAACGCUUUAGGUCUCAGGAUGAAUGUUUUACUUUUAUUACUUUGUGUGUUUUAGUAUGCAGCUACAUUCAUUUGUGGCAUAAUGCGAGUUUUUCUUGCCAAGUAUAACUUUUUGUAGGCAGCUUCAUCCUAGUACUCUGAGGGGACUUUAGUGCUUUUGCACUAAAAAUGUACCAUUAUUUAGACUAUUUUUUGUGUAUUCUUAAAAGGCAUUUAAAAUCUGCAGGUGUGUGUGUGUGUGUGUGUGUGUGUGUGUGUGUGUGUGUGUGUGUGUGUGUGUGUGUGUGUGUGUGUGUGUGUGUGUGUGUGUGUGUGUGUGUGUGUGUGUGUGUGUGUGUGCAGUUCUCAAUAUGAUAGCAAUACACAGUAUAAAACUUCCUAUAAUUGAUGUAUUAUGUAAAUAAUUAUUAAGAUUGUCUUACUAAAAUGGGAGUAUAGGAAUAGAUCCCUAAGCAAGUCAUUGUUUUCAAACUGUUUAUCAGUUGUUUCAAAUCUAGAAAUUCUUUGAUGCUAGUUUUGCAGAUUCACACCAAUAACACAUCCUUUAAUGCCACAUGCUUUAAUGCCACAUACUUUAAUGCCACAUGCUCUGCUGAUUCAUGUGUUUUUAUUUUGUACCUCUGCUCAUCUUGAGACAUUAGUGUUAUAUUGCAUUUUUAUAAUAAUCUGUACAAUCAGUAUAAUAUUCAGAAUUACCAUAUUUCACACUACAUGAUUUCAGUAGAGAUUUUUCACUGUAAUAUUGUAGUAUUUGUCCACAACCUCACUGAGCAUCGCUGGUGUAUUCCUGCUGCACAGAUUCACUGUAUGUUCAGCUCAGUAACUCAAUAUGCACUGAAGUCCAGGUCAAAAUAUUAGCUCAAAAUAUUAGCAAAUGAUUGUCAGUUGUAUAACAUCUCUUUCUUUUCUUUUCUUUUCUUUUCUUUUCUUUUCUUUUCUUUUCUUUUCUUUUCUCAGAGUGCUCUCAUUUUUUUUCUUCUCAUGCAUGUUUUGGAAAUAACUGUAUUUUACUGUACAUUCCUUUGUAAGGAGUUUUGAGAGCUCCAACCAGAAAGCUUUGGUUUUAUUUACUCUGUAUAUUGUAAUGAUAUUCAAUUUUCAAGGUGCUUUCAGUGGCAGAAAUAGACAUUUUCUUCACAUUGA